AUGCCGCACUCCGACUCGGAGGUCGUGAACGCAUGGCGGGAGCGAGACGAGGCCCAGCAGCUCGGGCGCUCUUCCUCUGCCCCUGGCGGCUCGCUACCUGCAAUGGACCUCGACGCCAUGACGCAGGAGGCUGUAGCGUUAUUCCAAGCUGGCGACGCUCAGGCAGCCUUAGACCUGGCUGUAGCCUUCGCGAACGACGCGGAGCAGUUCCUAGGGCGAACGCAUCCAGUGCAUGUGAAUGCAUUAGCCACGGUGGCUGCGCUCGCCGAACAGAUGGGUUGCAGCAAGGAGGCCCAGGACCUCCUAGAGGAGGCCGAGGCCUUACACGAGGAGCAUGAGAUGGAGCAGGAGUACUUCGAGCUGGAGGCAGAGAUGGAGUCUGGCACGAGCUCCGAGCCCGAGAAGCCAGUCCGGGCUCCUUCACCGGCGCUGAGCACCCACACUGGCAGCCGAGCCUCGGGUGAAAUCCCACAAGGCCACUCCGACACCGAGGAUGAGGAGGCAGAAGCCGAGUCAAUCCGCCGGCUGACCUGGGAGGUGAAGGAGUUCCUGAGAGAAGGGCAGCCUGAUCUCGCUGCGCAGCUCCUGGCGGAAGCCGAAGCCGAUCUUGUCGCCGGAAGUGGUGGCGGCGAAGGCGAACAGGGCAAAGCUGCCAUGAAAGGACUGACAAGAGCUGCGCUCCAUACGCUUUGGGCUGCUGUCUUGGAGGAAGUGGGCGAGAAGGACAAGGCCGCAGCCCUCUACGACGAGGCUUUGUUGUGCCUCAAGGAGGAGGCUGCACUGAUCUCCAGCGAAUCCGAGGAGGAGGAUGAGGAUGUGGCAGAGACGCCUCCUGCGCCGCCGGAGCUUCGGGGUGCGCCCCUGCCGCCGCUGCCAGUCCCCACGCGUGGAAGGUCCUCCGAGUGGGAAGAGGAGGACCCGAAGGACGAAGCCGCCAAGAAGGAGGAUCCCAGGAGCUCCCCAUCGAAGGAGAGGAGGGACUCGAGGCCCUCUAUGCUUCGGGAGAGGACAGGGGAGGAACCUCCGGCUGUGAAAGCCGCUUUGGUGCCUGCACCUCCCCUGCAGCAGGCUACCUCAGAAGAAGCCAGACCCGAGAAGCAGGCUCCCGCUGCGGCGCCGAAGCCCACACCCAAAGCGGGAGUCGUGAAUCCACUUCCGCCGAUGAUACCUCGCCAGGUCGCCACUCCUCCAUCGAAACCUCCGGCGAAGCCCGCUAAGGCUCCGACACAGAUAUCCGAGGAGUCGAGCGAGGUUGCCGCCGUCGUGGAGGCUCCGCCCAAAGCCCCGGAGGCCAAAGAUGCUCUCCCGGAGGCGCCGGCCAAAACGCUGUUGCACCAGGAGCUCUUGAAGGGUCCCGAGCCCGAUUCUCGACAGCCCUCUGCACAAAGCUCGCGGACCACGACUCCUAAGGCCGCAGCUAAGCGCCGCCCGGCGCCACUGGCACCAAAGUCACCUGCCAAGAGCGCGCCGACUGCUGUGCGCGUCGGCGGAGGGUUCAAGGUGCUGGCGCCCAACCCGCCGAAAGCCCCAACGCCUCCAAAGGCCGGCAGACGGCCAAAAGCAAAAGCGAAGACGAAGGCUGCAAGUUCUAUCGCUGAGGAGGCCACGGUAGUCGAGCAGGACGGACCGGUGGAGACGGUGCAGGUGCCGGAGCAGUCGGUCACUGCAGACCACUUCUUGGGCUUGUGGCUCGGACGCUUCAUCCCAGGGCUCCAAGGCAAGGAAAGUCCACCUGGAUUUGAUAAUCUGGUCGUCAAUGCUUCGCCCAACGAGCCCUCCGCGGUCUUGGAUCAGCGGAUGUUGGGCAACAGCGACUUGCACGUGGAGCUUCUCACGAAGUAUGGAGGCAUCCUCUGGUGGGACGGAGAUGGGGAGGGCGCCGUUGACGCCUACACUGCUGCGGACGAAGUUCUCGCGGAGCGGAUGCAGGCAGAGAUGGAUCUGCAGCUUAUGCGACGGCGUGCGCAGAUUUGGGGCACCUGGGCUCGCCCCAUAUCACCGCAAAGCCUCAUGGCCCAAGUCUACCGCCACGCCGGCCGCCUCGGCUUUCUUGGGCAGGCGAUGUUCGAGCUCGAGCUCGAUGUCCAAGGUCACGUCCAACCGAGGAGGGUUGUCAUGUUCAUCACCUUUGUCUACGUCGCCACCAUCGCCAUCAUCCUCAUCACCUGCAUUGCCAUCAUGACAAGCGUGCUCACGAAGCAUGCAGCCACGGAAUGCAUGGAGAAUGACCGGUGCGUGAAGACAGGCCGACAGGUUAUCUUCUCCAUGGAGCAGUUCCUGGAAGAGGCCAGGACGGCUUUCCGCCAUGCGCGACAUGGCAUCCUAAACUCACAAAUACGUGCACCCUGCCCCGAGCUUUAUGAGAUGGUGGACGGUCCCAUCCCUCAGCUCCAUGUGCCGUCCGAGUGCGAGACUCCGGCGGAUCUCACCGCGGAUCUGCUCAGAGGAGUUCCCUUUCAUGCGUGCCUGAGUGGUACUGGUGGGCAUUGGUGCCAUCCGGAUAGCCCUUGGAGACCGAAGACGAGCAAGCAGCGGGUCAAGCAGUAUGACGUCUUUUUCAGCCAUGACUGGCAGAGUGGGCGCUGGAGCAAGCAUCUGUCACUGCUGGUGGCCUUCAAUGGCUUGCCUGCUGGAAUAGCGAGCUGGGUAUCAAGCUUAGUGAUGGGCCUGUUUUCAUGUCUAGGCAUUCUGCCCAAAGCUCUUGAUGCUUGGGCGCCUCUCUGGAGCUACAUGGUGUCAUUGGCCACCUUCUUCUUUUGGCAGCAUGUGAGGCGACUCUUCCUCGGGCCCGCCUUUGCUUUUAUUGAUAGUAGUUGCAUACCACAGGAUGACGAGGUGCUGAAGGCAAGAUGCAUCCAAGGAUUGGGCACCUUUCUGGCAAGGUCCGAGCAGCUAGUUGUUUUAUGGUCACCGCAAUACAGCCGUCGAUUGUGGUGUUGUUACGAGUUAGGAUUCUUCCUUCUGAAGAAGAGGAAGGCCAAAAAGAUUCAGUUCGUGCCCGUCCAGAUCGGACGCAUUUGUGUAUGUUUGUUCAUCGGCGUGUUGCUCUUCCAAGCAACGAUGUAUGCCGUAAUGUCCAGAGAGGGGGAUGCGAUGGUGGUGACGGGCAUCAUGACAGCUGCCUUUUGGUUACAGGCCAUUGUCAUAUUCCCAAUUCUGCAAUACACCAUGACAGCCAUGCUCAAGGACCUGUCGCAACUGCCGAGACAAAUUUGCGAGUUUCGCCUGCAGGACUCUGAAUGCACGUGCUGCGCACAACAGCACCGUCACCCUGUCACGCAUGCAGCUAUUGCUUGUGACAGAGAGCUGAUCUAUAAAUCUUUAGGCAGUACGUUCGGAUCUUCCGGCGGGAAGAUGGAGGAGGAAGCAGCACUCGAUGCAUUCAACGGCUAUGUGAGGGAGACGCUCGCUCGUACCCUCGACCGAAAUUUCAGGCAUGACAACAUGAUUUUGAGGCAUGCGCUGGUCACCUGCGCAACCGCCUGUGGCCCAUGGGCAUCCCUUACAGUGACCACUGCUUGUGAGAUGUCAAUGUCAGGAGAAUUUCUGCUUCGAUGGCUUGGACUACUCAUCUACGUCGAUGCCGGGCUCCUUUGUUUGAUGCGGGUCUCGUUGCUGAUAGGUCAUUUCGGCGCAAGUCGGAUGGAGAAGUACCCCGGACCAGUUAUCGUCUUGAGUCAGGUGGUGAUGCUUGCCUUCAGCUCGGCCGCAAUAUUUUUGCCCUGGCCAGUGAUCUGGGUCUUGUCUUCUUCAGGGUACUCUUGGAUGUGGACCAGUGUUUUGGCUGCAAUGGUGUGCAUCAGCGGCUGUUUCCUUUGGCCGGCUUUUAGCGCCCCAUCUGCUACACUUGACCCGGAGCCCGAUCUGCCAAGCACAACCUAUGGAAGAGAGACAGGGAACGAAAACGGAGCCGAGCUUCCAGACUUGAGCGGCGUUUGGACCGGUGAUGAUGGUGAUUUCCAGCUCCGGCUCUUUCAGCCGCCGAAAGCACCCUGUGCAGCUCCGAACAGCAGCUACGCCCGCCUGGCUGCUGGAAGCGAGCAGCUUUUGGAGACCUGCACCUUGACACCUAUCUACGACUACGACACAAGGCAUCGUCUAGACACGACGAUCCGCUGCCGCGGCGCUGUGGAGGACACCGCAGCGUAUACUGGGUCUGUAACGAACCGCAGCCAUGUGGUGUGGCAUGGCAAAAGCCCGUGGAUGCGCAAAGAGGGCACGCCCCAGAACCUUGGCCACUACGCAACGUCCAAAGUGAAGAAGGUCCAUGUCGUUUUCAUGAACCAUUAUGACGUUGGCUAUACGGACUACAUCAACGGCGUGGACAACAAGUACAUGCACGAGUACUACGCAUCGGCCGCAGCCACUGCACAGAAGAUGCGCGCAGCAGGGCUUGGCAACUUCACGUACACCACCCAUCCAUGGCUAAUGCAGCGCUUCCUGAUGUGUCCCUGCGCAUCCGACGAGGGCAGCUCCUGUCUGGCCAGGAGCUUGAACAAUAGCUUCGAGAAACCUUUGAGUUGUCCAACCGCUGAGGAGAUCGCCAACUUUUCCGCCGCCGCUAGGCGAGGGGACAUUGCCUGGAACGCGGCUCCGUUCAACAUCCAGCCGGAGAACAUGGCGCCCGAGCUUUUCGAGGCCAGCUUUGAUCUUGCGAAGCGCAUGGACCAACGCUUUGGGCGUCAGGCCACCCGAACAAUGAGCAUCCGCGAUGUGAUCUACGUGACUCGCGCUGUGCUGCCGCACCUGAAGAAGCAGGGCAUCACGGGCCUGACGAUCGGCUCAAAUGGUGCAGACUAUCCGCCGCAAGUCCCGAAGCUCCACCGAUGGGUUGACGAGCUCUCUGGUACGGACAUUGUCGUGGCCUACCACGCGUACGGCUACGGCGGAUACGGUCUUAAGGACUGUGCCGAAGCACCGAAUGGUGUUGCCCUGUGCACGGAGUUCCGCACAGACAACCGUGGCCCACCGGCCAACACCUCCGAAGUGCUCGCGGUUCUGACAAAUGUGAGCAAGGAGUACCCAGGAGCGCAGGUGAUUUCGUCCACCUUCGAUGCCUUCUUCGCGGACGUGCAAGAAGUGCGUGAAGAGCUGCCCACGGUGACUCUGGAAGUAGCGGACACCUGGACCUAUGGCAACCCCUCCGAUCCGCUGAAGAUGGCGCAGUAUCGCGCGAUCCAACGAGCCUGGAUUCGCUGCCGCGCACGUGGAGAGCCCCGGUGCGCCGCCGAGGACCCGGCCAUCCAGAACAUGACCUGGUUCCUGCUCAAGGCCCCGGAGCACACCUGGGGCACGCCAGGAAUUUCCGGCUGGGGCAAGGGCGGCGAUUACAACACUUCGCUCUUUCGCCAUGAUCUCACCAACGAGACCUACAUGCGGGCUGCUGCAUCUUGGACCGAGCAGCGGAUUUUCAACGAGCUGGCAGCGAGAGCACUGGAGGAGGGGCCCGCAGUCCCCGUGCCGCAUCCCUUGGCGGAGGAGGUGAGAAAUGAGCUGAGGGCAGUGGAGGACGUCCCGACGCCGACAGUUCCUGCGUCAAUGGUUGAAGUGUCCGGCAGCACGCGGCUGCGUGCACGCAGCGGGGCAGAGCUGGAACUAGGCGCUGAUGGCUCGAUCAUUCAUCUCGAGCUGCCCUGUUGCGGCAUCUGGGCGACGUCCGACUCCCCUCUGGGCGCCUACACGUACCAAACCUUCAAUGACACGGAAUGGAAGCCGUUCACAUAUGCCUACCUCAACGACCAUGCAAUGCAAACCGGCUUCUGCAAGCCGGGUUCCAACAACUUCUCGGAGAGCCGGAUAUGGAGGCCCACUCUAAAGCACCUUUGGAUUUCCGGUGCUGCCAGCGCCUUCGAUUUCGCGGUUGCCGAGCUGCGCAUGCCCAGGAAGUCCAGCGUGACCUACGGUGCACCUCACACAAUCUUCUUGAACAUCAGCGCUUCAAGGGAUUCGGUGGAUAUGAACCUUGUCACAGUGGGCAAGCUGCCUACCAUGAUCGGCGAGUCGAGCUCAGUGGCCUUUCGCCCCGCCCCGGCGCUGAAAAGCCACGGCGGCUCCGCCUGGCGACUUCAGAAGCUCGGCCAGGAGAUUGACCCUGAGGGGGUCCAGGACGGUGGCAAUCAGUACACUCACGGUGUGUGGGGUGGAGCGACAGUCAACACGGCCCAUGGCCAGAUGACUCUGGACUCAUGGGACGCAAUCAACAUGAAUCCCAUUACGCCGGACUUCCCUAUCGGAGCCUGGGCUGGCUGUGGGUUCAGCUGCAUGCAAGAAAGCUUGUCCUUUUCCCGUCUCUCCCUCUCUCCCUCUCUCCCUCUCUCCCUCUCUCCCUCUCUCCCUCUCUCCUCUCUCUCCCCUCUCUCCCUCUCUCCCUCUCUCCCUCUCUCCCUCUCUCCCUCUCUCCCUCUCCUCCCUCUCUCCCUCUCUCCCUCUCUCCCUCUCUCCCCUCUCCCUCUUCUCCCUCUCUCUCCCUCCCUGUCUCUUCCCUCUCUCCCUCUCUCCCUCGCUCCCUCUCUCCUCUCUCCCUCUUCCCCUCUCUCCCUCUUCCCUCUCUCCCUCUCUCUCCCUCUCUCCCCUCUUCCCCCUCUCUCCCUCCUCUCCCUUCUCCUCUUCCCUCUCUCCCUUCUCUCCUCCUCCCCUCCCCCUCUCGCCCUCUCCGCCCCCCUCUCGCCCUCUAGCCCUCUCGCCCUCUCUCCCCUCUCUCCCCUCUCCCCCUCUCCCCCCCUCCCUUCUCCCCUCUCUUCCCCCCUCUCCCCCUUCCCCUAUCCCCCUCUCCCCUUCUCCCCCCUCUCCCCUCUCCCCCUCUCCCCCUCUCCCCUCUCCCCCUCUCCCCCUCUCCUCCUCUCCUCCCUUCUCCCUCUCCUCCCUCUCCUCUCCUCCCCUCUCCUCUCCCUCUCCUUACCUCUCCCUCUCCCUCUCCCUCUCCCCUCUCCUCCCCGCUUCUCUCUCUCUCUCUCUUCGCUCUCGUCUCUCUCUCUCUCUCUCUCUCUCUCUCUCUCUCUCUCUCUCUCUCUCUCUUUUUCUGUCUCAAUCUCUCUGUGGACUGAGUGA